CAAAAUUGUAACUGGCAAUCAGCUAUUUUUCUUCUCAUUUUUUGACCAUAAGACAAAAUCUGCUUCAAAAAAAGAGCAGUUUCAACUCAGUAAGAAGAAAAGUGAAAGUUUUAUUAUUCUUGGCAAUUUUCUCCGGCUUUAAAAUCAAUUAGGAGCUGUUUUUGAAAUAAUCCAAAACAAAGAUGGCGGCAGCAAAGGAAGCCUUGACAUCUCCAGUCUUUCGAACACCAAACAUAGAUUCUCCCGCUACAAGACGCCGUAGACCUCUAGCUCUUGUAAGCAAUAAUACUCCUUCUAAUAAUCUAACGUUGAAUGACGAUGAUGCUGAGAAGAGACAGCGUCGAUUGUCCAGGGUUACGAGUGUUGCUCUAUCGACUCCUUCGACUCCAAGAAGUGCAAGUAGGGGAUUGGAUUCUGAAAGGAGUCAGACGAAAAGUGGUCUCACCAACUUCCAGCUAAAGGAUUUGUAUUCUAACUGUAUAAAACUGUCGACUGAAAAUAAAAUUAACUCCAAGAAUGCAUUUGGGCUGCAUUUGAUUGACUACAUGCAAGACCUUAUCAAAACAGUCAAGGAAGGAGACAUGACAAACUUUCAAGUUGCAAGCUGUACUCUGGAUGCUAGUGCAAAGAUUUACGCUGGACGAGUGGACUCAAUCCAUGCACAGGCAUACAAAAUGUUAGGGGGGUUAGGACGGGCUGAAAACAACAAAGAUGGUGAUGGAGACACUGACCAUGCAACAGAUGAACCUCAAGCUGGGAAACAGAAGACCAAGAGGAUCAACCACAGACCAGGAAAUACUAUUGAGUCCAAUCUAAAGAACCUAGAUGUCAAUCAGUUUGAUCUGGAGUUUGAAGUUGACCCAUUGUUUCACAAGACAUCAGCUGCUUUUGACGAGGGUGGUACGGAGGGCUUGCUUGUCAAUCACCUGUUUGUGCGUGACGAUGGUUGUGAACUUCUACUUGAUUCUACUGCGGUUACCACGACACCCAAAAAUGUUACCACUGAAGGCCAAACAUCCCAGGAUAAUGCUAUGAUUGAUUUAUCAGAACUAAGAGAUGCCUACAGUAAUAUCAAUUUUGAGAGCUUUCAAAUCUGCCCCUACUUUACUGAGUUUGAAUUUACCAAUUGGAACAAAGAUGACGAUGUAAAUCCAGAGUUCAGCAAUAUGAUACAAAAGUCUAAAAAUGAUGAACAUGCCUUUGAUAUUGAUGCACCAGUAACUGAACAUCCAGACGAUUAUCCAGAAGCAGUGGGGGAAGAUUAUGGUGAUGACGACAUGGGAGAGGACAUCGAAUAUGGCCAUGAUGCUCGUGAGGGAACAAAUGCUCUGAUGGCUAAUGCAACUUUAGCCUUUGCCGAUGGCAAAGAGGCAAGGCUUAUCACUGCUCAGGAUGCAAGAUAUCCGUCUGAUGUGGUUGGGAGUGCAGCUGCAACACUGGGUAGCCUGUGUUUAGAACUAUCAGAUAAACCCAGUGAAUACUCUUACUUCAAGUCUGGCAUGCUGGCUACAUGGGCCGGACCAGAACAUUGGAAGAUGAAGGCUAGACUACCCAAAUUGGCAGGUAUAACGAYGAGUUCAGCUCAAGAUGAGCAAUCCAAGAAAAAGAAGGGCAAGAAAGAGGCAUUCAAAGUUGAUUUUGAUACAGAACUGGAUGUUAAACAAUACUUCUCUAAAAGCAGGGCAGCAACAACUUUAGCCAAGUCUACUCUAGAGAAGCUUUCUUCUGCCAAGACGACAUUCCCAGACGACCUACACUACGAUGCUGACAGUUUGUUUAGACUUUUCACUAAACCUAAAAUCCUGCUGAGGAGACAGCUUCAGCCACAGACAGAAGUGGCCGACGAUGGGUCAGAAUGGUAUAACUAUAACAAUCCAAAUGAUGCUGCAAACUACUGCCCAGACCUUCAGGAUGGAAGUGAUGAUGACGAUGUCCCUUGUGGAACAAACAGCUCUGGUUCACAGUAUAUGACUAAUGCAGGAGGUGUUGGUACAGACAUGACAUACGACCUUAGUCAUUCCUCUCAGGGAUUGAGCUUCUCUAAUGAGAGUGCUAUAGACAUGACAAUGUUUGCUGGUGAUGGUCUGAUAGCUCAGCCAAAUAAGGUGGCUAAAAUCGACAUAGGGUAUGCAAAAACAGCCAAGAAAAUGGAUGUCAAGAAACUUAAAGCAGCCAUGUGGAAUCUGUUAACAAAAGGACAAGACGAAAACAAGGAAAACAUACCAAAUGAAUCUGAAAGUGUAACUGAAAAACCUAGUCUAGAAGAGAACACAUGGAGUGAACCCAAAUCCUUCAAGAAUAUCUACAGCCAUCUUCCUGAGAAGAUAUCCAAAAAUAUGGCUAAAAACUUGUCUGUUCCCAUUGCAUUUGUCUGUGUUUUACAUCUGGCAAACGAAAAAUGCCUAAAGAUGAUACCGGACCUUGAAAUGGCUGACUUUGCUGUUUCUAAAGAUUAAUUCUUAUCAUUUGUUUUUAUGGGUUUUUUUUUACGAUUUUAAAGAUUUUGUAAUAAACUUUGUAUCUCAUAUAAGGAUCUUAAAGUAAUAAAAAACAGAAUUGAGUUGUA